CCAAAGCAUCCACUGUAACCACUUUCGGACUAAUAACUGACCUCCCCAUUGGUAGCUGCGAUGGAUCUCUCUCCACUGGGAUUGGUAUUGCUCGGCAAAUUUCCUGAAAUGAAGUGGUCGCAUUGUGUGUCUCCAGAUACCUUCUAGGCUGGGUAAAGUUCUGUUAAUUUGUUUAAGAGCCGUCGAUCUGUCUAGACUGUGACCUAACGGCAUUGUCAGUCGCUGUUCUCGUUAUGGCGACACGAUGGGGCGUGCCGACUCGUUCGGCUCGGCUGGCGAGCCAGCUGAACACGGAGAUUCAGCUUCUGCUGGCGGCUAUGCGGCAGAACAGCAAAUGGGUCGCGGGCCCUCGCAUCCUGGGAGAAGAAGUCGAAGUUCCGGAAGAUCCAUUGCUCCUUAAUCUUAAGAUCCUACGGCGGAACGCGUUUUUGUGGGCUGCUGGAGCAACGGAGGUGUCAGGAAUGCGAUCUGGUGGAGACGCGUGGGAGCGUGGGAUGGCUGGGAGGGACGCCGCGAGUCAAGCGGAGGGGCAAGGGGACGGAGGAGCAGCACGCGAGGCGAGUAGUGGGGAGGAAAGGCAGGCGGCGAGCUCAAUGGCGUCGAGUGGUGCUGGCGAGGGGCCGAGUGGUGAGGCAUGCGGCGAGGAGUGGGAUUGCGUGGAGCCGCUGGAGUACUUGGCGCCGUUCCUCACCAUCAUCCGCUCCGAGAAGACCAACACGGCCGCCACAGGGGUCGCGCUCGCCGCCACGCACAAGAUUCUGACGACGGGGUUCUUCUCGAAGAGCACUCGCGGCGCGGCGCGAGCCAUGCACGCCGUGGUUGAGGCGGUGACGGGGUGCCGCUUCGAGGUGACCGACCACUCGUCGGAGGAGGUGGUGCUCAUGAAGAUCCUCCAGGUUCUCGUGGCAUGUCUGACGUGUCCAGCGGGCGAGCUGUUGUCGGAUCGUGACGUGUGCAGCGUGGUGAACACGUGCUUCCGCGUGGUGCACCAGUCCGCCCUGCGCAGCGACGUGCUGCAGCGCGCAGCGUGCGCCGCCAUGCAUGACAUGGUGCGCACCAUCUUCGCGCGCCUGCCGUCGCUGGCCAGCUGGGCGGCGUCGGGCGAGGAGGAGAUGCAGGCGGCGAGGAGCACGGAGGGCACCAUGGUGCUGCCCGACGACCACGCCGUCGACGCCGCCGCGGGCCUCGACGCAGUGUCCGCUGCACCGCCCAGAGAGGACGCCGAGGCGCCGGGUGAAGGGGGUGCCGCCGCUGCAGUGGGUGCAGCAGAGGGCGUGGCGGGGGGUGGUGGAGAUGCAGGGCAGGAAGGCCUGGAGAAAUCGCAGCAAGGGGAUGAGUGAACCGAGUGCCACCUGUUAUU